GAAGGCAGCGGCAGCGGAACGACUAGACUGGCCUACCCCCGCACGCACACGGCCGCGCUGUCCGUCGCUCAAUUCCGAGAGCUUUUAUUCCCUAGCCAGUAGCCACAGCCUCCUCCACCGUCGUCGUCGCGUCGGGAUCCCCGCACCAUUAGUCUCCACUUCCUUCCUUCCCCAACUGGCCGGCCAUACUCGCUAGUGCGGCGACGUGCUGCUGGCCCUCCAACGAGUCGCGAUCCGAACCUCCCCCUUCGCAAUUCCCCCCCGGUACCCACCACCAGCCCCGGGGAAAAAGCGCUCCCGGCCCCGUCCUUGCUUAUCUUUUGCUCCGCUCCGCCCGCUCUCGGUGGUAGGAGGAGACGAGGAGUUGUGCUGCAGUGGUGCAGUUAGGAGGAGUAGCGAGGAAGGAAAGGGAGUGCGCGCGGCCCAGAGCGCGCCGCGGCGAUGUCGUCGCCGUCGCCGCCCGCCGCGCCGGGGCCGGCUUCGCCGCCGAGCAACCGCACGGCGCCCGCGGCCUCCGCGCCGCCCCCGGCCAACUCCACCUCCCCGUCGCCGCCGGCCGCCGUGCCACCGCCGGCGACGCCCUCCGCGCCGCCCCCGUCGUCUUCGGGCACUCCCGCGACCCCUUCCGUCCCGCCCCCCGCGACGCCGGGCACGACGCCCCCCGCCGCGCCCUCCCCCCCGUCGACCACGCCGUCUCCGCCGUCCGAUAGAUUCACGCCGCCGGCCCCGGCCACGCCGCAGUCGCCCAGCAACAACGGGAUGACGACGCCCGUGGUGGUGGGGAUCGCCGUCGGCGGGCUGAUUGCGCUGCUGCUCGCCAGCCUCCUCUGCUUCUGCUUGCUCAAGAAGAAGAGGCGCCACCACCCGCACCACCCGCCGCCUCCGCCGCCCCACCACCUGCACUACUACGGCCACCCGCCGCCGCCGCCACCCCCGCCGCCAGUGUUCAAAGGUGAUCAAUAUGGUGGGGGGUACCAAAAUUGGCAGCAUAAUGCUCCUCCACCACCACCUGAUCACGUGGUGAAGAUGCAUCCAAAUCCUUCCCCCAAACCGACUCCUCCCCCACUUAAUGUAAACAGUAGUGGUUCUGCUUCAAAUUAUUCGGGUGGUGGUGAGAACCGACCUCUGCAAUCGCCGCUUGCCAACGCUCUCAGCUUUUCAAGAUCCACCUUUACCUACGAAGAGUUGGCGGCAGCAACCGAUGGAUUCUCUGAUGCUAAUCUUCUUGGACAAGGUGGUUUUGGAUUUGUCCACAAAGGAGUGCUGAAUGGCACUGAAGUUGCAAUCAAACAAUUGAGAGACGGAAGUGGCCAGGGAGAGCGUGAAUUCCAGGCAGAAGUUGAGAUUAUCAGCCGAGUACAUCACAAACAUCUUGUAACACUGGUUGGGUAUUGCAUUUCUGAAGACAAGCGGUUGCUUGUCUAUGAGUUUGUUCCGAACAACACAAUGGAAUUCCACUUACAUGGAAGGCGCGGACCAACCAUGGAUUGGCCUGCAAGACUACGGAUUGCUUUGGGUUCUGCAAAGGGAUUGGCGUAUCUUCAUGAAGACUGCCAUCCUAAGAUUAUUCAUCGUGACAUAAAGGCAUCAAAUAUUCUUCUAGAUUUCAGAUUUGAAGCUAAGGUGGCAGAUUUUGGACUAGCAAAGCUAACCUCUGACAAUAACACUCAUGUUUCUACCAGAGUAAUGGGCACAUUUGGGUACCUUGCACCAGAGUAUGCUUCUUCCGGCAAGCUCACUGAGAAAUCAGAUGUUUUUUCUUUUGGAGUAAUGCUUCUUGAGCUAAUAACUGGGCGCCGUCCUGUUAGUUCAAAACAAGCGCAUAUGGAUGACAGCUUGGUUGAUUGGGCAAGGCCUUUAAUGACACGAGCAUCUGAGGAUGGCAACUAUGAUUCUUUAGUGGAUCCUCAUCUAGGAACAGAGUUCAAUGAAAACGAGAUGGAAAGGAUGAUAGCCUGCGCAGCUGCUUGUGUACGCCAUUCUGCACGGCGACGUCCACGCAUGAGCCAGGUUGUUCGGGCCUUGGAAGGCGACGUAUCUCUGGAUGAUCUGCACGAAGGUGUUCGACCUGGCCACAGUCGGUUUAUGGGAUCACACACCAGCUCCGAGUACGACACCGGACAGUACAAUGAAGACCUGAAGAAGUUCAGGAAGAUGGCACUUGGGAACAGUGGCCUCCAGAGCAGCCAGCUGACGCCAUCCAGCGAGCACGGCCAGAACCAUUCUGGCGGGAGCAGUGAUAGCCAUCAUCAAACGCAGGAGAUAGAGAUGGGGGCCGAGAAAAGAGACAACGGAGGUGGUGUCCACGGUGGUGGGGAGAGCCAAGCUUCCAUGAGAUGACCUAUCUCUCUUGUCUUUCUUGUUGCUGGAAAGUUUCAAUGACAGCAGAUUUGUAAAUCCGCAGCCUAGCUUCACAUAAGUUGCCUAACUUGCUCGCAACGAACAAAAAUUGUUUGGUUGAGAUGUAGAUUUUUUUGGUAGCCGCAAAUCUCUGCUUCUUUCUCUUCACCAAUGCUGCAGUUCUACUCUCAUUUGCACACUGCAUUCUCUCUUGAUAUAUGACCUUCCAUUGGCUAGCGUCUGGAUUCAAUAUGCUUGAAAUUGAAAGAAGGCUAAUGGAGUAAUAGAGGUGGUGUUGGAUUCA